CCCUGAGAUUAUGACCUGAGUCAAAAUCAAGAGGCAUCCCAACCAGGCAUCCUAAGAAGCACUGUUUGAAAGCACACUCUUGGAACUCCUUAAGAUGGGUGGCCAGAGGGUAGAAUAAGAGGCAUCCAAGAAAGCUUAGAAGUCUGUGCUCUCUGUAGCAUCCCUGUCUUCUAUCUCUAAAUAACCAUAGUUUCAUAUUUAGAAAAGUCGUGAGUCUUAUAGUCAUGCCCAACCUGAAUUGGCCAUUUCUUGUUUGUUUGAAUUCCCCAGGUGUGAUCUACCAAGCCUUUUCUCAGAAAGAGGCCAAAGAGCUUGACCUUCAGAUACAGUACAUGGCAGGAACCCAGCACGCCGAGACCUUUGUGAGGGCCUUUCUGAAACACAACACGCCACACAUGAGCCAGCAAGCCCGCGAGGACCAGCUGCAACACAAGGCUGUGGUCCUGGAGUACGCCACUCACCGGAAGUGCAAGGAGAAGAGAAAGAAAUCCAAGGGCCUCUCUGCCAGGCAGAGGAGGGAGCUGCACCUCUUUGACAUUAAGCCAGAGCAGCAGAGAUACAGUCUUUUUCUCCCUCUACAUGAACUCUGGAAGCAGUACAUCCGGGACCUGUGCGGUGGUCUCAAGCCAGACACGCAGCCGCACGUGAUCCAGACCAAGCUGUUGAAGGCGGAUCUUCACGGGGCUCUCGUUUCAGUCACGAAAUCCAAAUGCCCGUCCUAUGUGGGUGUUACAGGAAUCCUCCUACAGGAAACGCACAUUUUCAAAAUCCUCACCGAAGAAGACCGCCUGAAAGUUAUCCCCAAGCUAAACUGUGUGUUUGCAGUGCAAAUCGAUGGCUUCAUUUUCUACAUUUAUGGAAGCAAAUUCCAGCUUCGGUCAAGUGAACGAUCUGCCAAGAAAUUCAAAGCGAAGCUGACCUGUGAUCUCUCUGCUGCAGAGACGGCUGUUUGGGACCCCAAGGACCGGGGACACUUUCAUGCCCACCUUUCAGCGGAGACAUGGCUGGGCUGGUUCUGCUUCUAGAUCACCCCAGCCCGUUAACACUGGAGUUAAGAACAGUUCAUCAUCCGGGAAGAAAUGUGCCUUACUGAGCAAAGUCAGGGAAUGGAGGGGUGUCUGUUUCUAGAUGAUGACGGGUGUGCAUUGCUCCCGUGAGAGAAAAUCCUGGCAGGAUCGGCACAGGUUGACCUGACUGGUGGCAUUAUUAGGUUUUUAUUUCUCUUUUAUCCUUUUCUUUGUUCCUGAGUGUUCUGUGAUGAAUCCAUUGUUUGUGUAAUAAUAAAAUACACGU